AUGCAGGCUGACGCCCUCAAAGAUCGCGCGAAGAUCAGCGGUUUGGAAACCGAGAUGCUGGAACUGAAGGACAUCGUUCGAAAUUUCGCCAUUAGCCCCGACUCAGGAGCGACCUCCUCAUCUCAGGCAAGACUGGAUCCCUCGUCAUCUACACAAACACAGAGCAUACAGAUUACUCGUCGUUCUACAAAACCUAUGCCCGCUCAAGCCUUUCGUGGGUCCGGCAUGCAGUAUUCAACUCCUCGCACAUACAAGUUCUUGCCCCCCAUGACUAACUUCGAGCCGGUUGUCUGUGAAGCUAACAUUUCCUCUGCUCGCUCGAGCUUCUCCGGCCCACCUGCCAUCGAGGAUUCAACCGCAAUACCCCUCCAUGAAGCUGGGGGCCAACCAUCUGAGAGGGACAUCUCUAUUCCUUCGUCUGUAUUAACCGUACUUAGCAUCGAGAUCUUCUCAUCGAGUUGCUUCACCGUCCGAUGGCACGAAUCAUAUGCGCUCGAGAAGGGAGAUGCUAUCACUGGCGGCGAUCACGAAUCAAGAGCCGUAUUCUGCAUCCCCUCGUCAGACAGGUGA